AUGGCCCGAAGAAAGAGGAAAUACGUGCCCAAAGUCAAGGGAUGUUACGAAUGCUCCCAACGCCGCAUCGACUGUGAUGGGACAAAACCUAAUUGUAUCAAAUGUACAACACGGGGAAUCCAGUGCAGUGGUUUCGGCCUGCAAUACAAGUUCCUUGAUGGCUUCUCUCGUAGAUCGAAGUCCCAAUCUCUUGGGAACCGGAGUGCGCUGCUGAAAGACGCACUCGCCCAAUCGUCAACGAGUCUAUCGUCGAGAUUCCGAUAUCACAACCAUCAUGCUACUAACCCGGAACAACAAACAUCUCAUGAUUCUUGGGAAGCCAUCUAUUGGGAGAGUUCUACAAUGGAUUUCUAUGACACUGCCCAGCAAGACGCAUUGAUAGAUGCUUGCUUACAGACGAGCCCACGAAUUGACGAUGACGGCUCCGACUCUGAGGUCUCGAACGAUAGAGCUAUCAAAGGAAAGGGGGAUGUUGACAAAAGUGCAUCCUCUUCAACAGUAACCGAGACUGAACUGGUCGUCAGGCCCCGCACACCGACUAUCUUGCCAGGCUUAAGCAUACUCGAGCCGUGGAAAGAGUUCCUGAUAGCGCACUUCUCCAAAUCCAUCGCGCCAGAGAUGGUUGUCAUUGAUGACUCCUUCAACGGUUGGCGGCAUAUGGUCCUUCCUCUUGCAUGGACCAACGAGAUGAUAAUGGACUCUGUUCUGGCUGUGUCAGCCUUCCACAUUGCCGCAAAGACUGCUAUUCAGUCUGAAUUCGACCCGUACCGCCUUUACACGCGGGCAAUCAAUCAGCUUUUGAGUCGAAAGGAUCUGGUGGACUGGGACAAGGAAACGAGACAAUUUAUUAUUCUCGCAAUCAUGGUUCUGCUUGUUUCUGUGAUGGUCAACGGGUUAUCGGAUUUUCCAAUCGUUUUUCAGAUGUUAGAAUCGGCAAUCCAUGCAGUCGGUGGAGAGGAUGUGAUGAAGGACGGUGCGGAAAUGGGUGGAUUUCUUUUGCGGCAGAUUCACAAGAUGAGAGUAUAUGCUGCACCGCUACUCAGCCAGGAGGCUGGAGUCGACGCCAUCGUGUAUCAUGGGAAGGAAAGCUUCGAUUGUCUGUACUACUACCACAGCUUAUACCCUGAUUAUUGUUCUACGUUCGACCGCCUGGCGGACCUUCGCCAGCAGGCGUUCAAUAUCUACCUGAGCCGGGUUUUGGGAGAGAGUAUCCUGAAAUCAUCGUCAGCAGAACUAAUUAACUCGUACCAGAAAAGCCUAGAAUCCUUACCUGAGGGAUCCGUUGGCGAGCAUUGUCUUGUCUGGCCGACCUUCAUCGCCGCUCUGGAAUGCCGCAAUCGCGAGCAACAGGCAUUCUUUGAGCAUUUCUUGCUACGGCAAUAUCAUCGUAACCAAUUUUUGAACAUCCUGAAGGCAUUGGAGCUAUUGAGACAUAUCUGGGACCAGACUGGAAGAGGGAACGAGACGAAUUGGCCAGCACUGAUUCCGAGCAUGCGAGUUUUCAUCAUGUAG